GCGGCCCGACUCCCCCUCGCAAUGUUGCAAACCGCGCGCCUUUGAUGGGCAGCUGGCCGCUUGUUGCGCAAGGCCAGGCAGGCGGAGCUCGCCGGGGACAGGCAGCCGGGCGCCCACCUUUCCCACGCGUGGACCCGAAAGGUUUUUAAUCAUGCUUCGAGCAUUCAAACGCACAGGUGGUAGGUUUGAGAGCCAUCUUUCAAGGUGGCAGCAUUAUCAUAAAUCUGUCCUGGCAAUCAGAAGAGAGGAUGUCAAUGCCUGGGAAAGAAGAGCCCCGUUAGCCCCACGGCACGUCAAACUUUUAACCAACCUGGGCUACAAAGUUCUGGUGCAACCGUCCAAUCGAAGGUCCAUCCAUGAAAAAGACUAUGUUAAAGCUGGUGGUAUUAUACAGGAAGACAUUUCGGAGGCCUGCCUGAUUGUGGGUGUGAAGAGGCCGCCGGAGGAUAAACUAAUUCCCAACAAGAACUAUGCAUUCUUCUCUCAUACUAUUAAAGCUCAGGAGGCAAAUAUGCCCUUGUUGGAUGAGAUCCUGAGCAAGAACAUUCGACUGAUAGAUUACGAGAAAAUGGUGGAUCACAGAGGAGUGCGAGUUGUAGCCUUCGGAAAGUGGGCUGGCGUUGCAGGUAUGAUCAACAUUUUACAUGGAAUGGGAUUGCGAUUUCUUGCUCUGGGGCAUCAUACUCCUUUUAUGCACAUUGGUAUGGCCCAUAACUACAGAAACAGUAGCCAGGCAGUCCAAGCUGUCCGCGAUGCUGGUUACGAAAUUUCCCUAGGCUUGAUGCCAAAGUCUAUUGGACCCAUAACAUUUGUGUUUACAGGCACCGGCAACGUGUCUAAGGGUGCCCAAGAAAUGUUCAAUGCUCUCCCUUGUGAGUUUGUGGAGCCCCACGAGCUGAAGGAGGUCUCUCGAACUGGAGACCUCAGAAAAGUCUAUGGGACGGUGUUGAGUCGACACCACCAUCUUAUAAGGAAGAGCGAUGGCGUGUAUGACCCCGUGGACUACGACAAGCACCCAGAACACUACACCUCUCGUUUCAACACAGAUAUUGCACCUUAUGCUACUUGCGUGAUCAAUGGCAUCUACUGGGAGCAGCAUACUCCGCGGCUGCUAAGCAGGCAGGAUGCACAGCGACUUCUGGCUCCUCUGCGACCUUCUGCUGCUGCUACCGAAGGAUGUCCACAAUUGCCACACAAACUUGUUGCAAUAUGUGACAUCUCUGCAGACACUGGAGGGUCUAUAGAAUUUAUGACAGAAUGUACAACAAUAGACAGCCCUUUCUGCAUGUAUGAUGCCGAUCAGCAUAUUAUCCACGACAGUGUGGAGGGAUCAGGGAUUUUGAUGUGUUCCAUUGACAAUCUGCCAGCUCAGCUUCCUAUAGAAUCAACAGAAUGCUUUGGAGACAUGCUUUUCCCUUACAUUGAAGAGAUGCUGUUAUCUGAAGCCUCGGAGCCCCUUGAAAGCCAGAAUUACUCACCUGUAGUUAGAGACGCAGUGAUUGCAUCCAAUGGUUCAUUGACUGAUAAGUAUAAAUAUAUCCAGAAACUGAGGGAGCGCAGGGAGUACACCCAGUCACUGACCAUGGAUAAAAAGAGGAAGAUCUUGAUACUUGGAUCUGGCUAUGUCUCGGGGCCUGUGAUAGAAUACCUCACGAGAGACCCCAACAUUGAAAUAACAGCAGCAUCUGUCAUGAAGAAACAACUUGAGCAGCUGGCUAAGAAAUACAGCAAUGUUGUUCCUGUUGUUGUGGAUGUCACCGAAGACGAGAAGAGAUUAGAGGCCAUGGUGAAGAAGCACAACCUUGUUAUCAGCUUGCUGCCUUACGCAUUCCACCCUGUGGUUGCUAAGAAGUGCAUUGACAACAAGGUGAAUAUGGUUACUGCCAGUUACCUGACACCUGCUAUGAAAGAGCUGCAGGAAAGUGUCGAGGCGGCUGGCAUUACCGUUAUCAGCGAAAUGGGUCUGGAUCCUGGGCUUGAUCAUAUGCUGGCGAUGGAGUGUAUUGAUAAAGCGAAAGAAGUGGGGGCUACGGUGGUGUCUUACACUUCCUUCUGUGGUGGCCUGCCCGCUCCGGAACAUUCUGGCAACCCCUUGAGAUAUAAAUUCAGCUGGAGUCCACAGGGAGUCCUGCUCAACACUGUUCAACCUGCUACGUAUUUAAAAAAUGGAGAGAUUAUUAAUAUUCCAGCCGGAGGAGCUUUGCUUGAUUCUGUUACUGUCAUGGAUUUUUUCCCAGGAUUAAAUUUGGAAGGUUUUCCAAACAGGGACAGUACAAAAUAUGCCAAACCCUAUGGCAUUCAGUCAGCUCACACUCUCUUAAGAGGAACAUUACGAUACAAGGGUUAUUCUAAAGCUAUUGGAGGCUUUGUGAAACUAGGACUGAUAAAUUCAGAGCCAUGUCCUAUGCUCAGUGCAACAGCAGCUUCUAUAAGCUGGAAAGAACUUAUGUGCAGGCUACUUGGACUUAAGCAGUCUGCCACAUACGAUGAUCUCCGAAAUGCCGUCUACAAUAAACUGAAUGAGGAUGCAAGGCAGCUGGAUGCAGUCGAAUGGCUGGGGUUACUUGGAGAUGAGCCCGUUCCAAUAGCAGAAACAAUAGUUGGUGCACUAGCGAAACACAUGGAGGCCAAGCUAUCCUAUGGUCCCGGAGAGCGCGAUAUGAUAGUCAUGAGGAAUGAAAUAGGAAUCAAACAUCCGUCUGGUCAUUUGGAAGACAAAUAUGUCAAUCUUGUGGUGUAUGGAGACGAUAAAGGAUAUUCCGCAAUGGCUAAAACUGUAGGGUACCCGACUGCUAUCGCAGCAAAGAUGGUUCUUGAUGGAGAAAUUGACACCAAAGGCAUGGUCAUCCCAUUAACCAAGAAUAUUUAUGGACCAAUACUCGAACGUGUUCGAGCUGAAGGAAUUACCUACAGUACCCAGAGCGUUAUCAAACAAUAAAGGAGACAUAUUUUCUACCCUCCUUUUUUCCAGCCCGUAGUUUUGCACGCACAUUUUGAAGCCUAAAAAUAGUUGUCCGUAGGCACUAUUCCCCUGAAAGUCUUCCCUGUCCAGAGCCCAUUGAAAUGAAUAGCAGCUACACAACAGCAGAACUCUUCUCUUGUGUGCAGUGCCAGUCUGCUUUAGUGAAACUUCGACAAGAGAAAUUCUGGGUGAGUUGUGCUGUAUGCCUUUUUUUACAGACUGGGAUCCAACCCACUCUUGACCUGGAAGCAAAUCCCAUGUAAUUCAGUUUGGCUUACUUCUGAGCAGGUUGCCCUGCAAGGAUGAUUUGUAAAGCUUUCAGGUGGAGAACAGGUGUCCAGUCAUAGCAGAGGAGCGCAGGACUCUUCAAACGAUGCCAAAAUGUUUUUAUUCAUGUCCUAAAUGCUGCAACAUUGCUGAAUGUAGUGAGUUCAAGACUUCAUUUUUAAACGGAACAAUGACCCCGAAUAUGUGACAAGAAGAAAAUUGUAAUAUUUGUUGCUUUCCCCAUUCUAUUCAUCAUAUGUGUCCUAAGGUCCUGAUACAUACUAUGAAGAGCUUCUGUUUAAAGUCCAGGAGGUAUUUCCCCCCACAAAAUAGCAGUCAUUUUAUGGUGUCCUCCGCCUUCUCAGAAUGCAUAUGGGGCAGCCCUCCCACAAAUACGCACCUCAAGUUCCUACUUGCCUGAUGGCCAUGGAGCCAGAUGUGUGUUGGAACCGCAUGCCUCUGUACCCUACAUGGAUCCCAUCAUGAGGUUUUCAGAGGCCAUAGCUCAGCCCUGGCACCUCCUUGUAAAAGGAUCUUUGGCAGAAAGAACAAGAAAGGCCUGUGCCUAGGACUGAAGACCUUUUCCAGGCAGAAGAUAAAGGGUCACAUAGACCAAUGGUCUGAAAAUCCUUUCAUGGCAGACAUAGCCAUGGGAGUCAGUCUCUCUCUCUCUCUCUCUCUCUCUCUCUCUCUCUCUCUCGUCCUCAUCAGGCGUUCCACUUAUGUUAAAGUAAAUGUGGGAGGCAGGAGGAGAAUAACUUCUGCGGCCUCCUAACUUCGUCGGGUACUAAAAUUUGAGGCACCUUCACAAAUUUGCUUUAGACCGUCAGUUUCCACAAACUGGAAGGUGACAUGUAUAACAAUCGUGAGGAUGGAGCUAUUGUUUUCAUUCGCCCCACCUAGGUGUUUACUUUAACCUGAUCGUGAUACCUGAAGGGGGCUUAUAUCAUAAUAUCAAAAAUGGAAACUCAUUUUAAUUUGUACUAUAGUGCUUAGAAAAUCACAUCAAGAGUAUUUUUGUAUGUAUUGGGGAAAAACCAUGAUUGUUUAAAACACUUUAGUAACAUAUUUGAUGUGAGAGCUUGGAAAAUGGCAUUCUCUCUAUCCUACGUCAAACAUAGUUUUUCACAUGUGCCAAAUUUUGUAUUGUUUGAAACCAUGCUUCAAUCUCCUGAUUAAUAUCCAAAACGGACCUAAGCUAUGGAAAGACACUGUAUUGCAGCUUGUAUGUUUGCUACAGGCUUUUCGUUUCUCUACUAUAUGUUCUGUGAAACUAUUACGUUGUGCCUCUAACAUCUAUCUCUGCUUGUGAGGUACAGCAAUAUUUUAGAUGCAGUUUUUGUGCUGUGUGCACUGUCCUUUUGAGAGAAACGCCUAAGUGUUCUUGUUCUGCAGUUGCCUUUCCAAUCAACCAAACCCAAAACAAUAAUAGGACAUUUUGGCAUACUGGGCUUGUUAACUAUGACCAUUUCUCUGCCUUAUAUCACGCAUAUCUGGUAGUUUUAAAUGGAGACGUUCCAGAUACAGUCAGGCAUCCAAUGUCUUUGCCUCAAAAAAUGAAUAAAAGGUCAGUUUCUUCCUGGAAAAAAUAAGGUCAGAGAGAGCCCAUCUGCUUUGGUAUGUUUUCAUUGUAAGCACCAGGGAUAAAUGGAAUGCAUCACAUGACCUGGUUAUCAUAUGGAAUUUGGCUUCUGGAACUCAGUAGUUGUCCUUUGCAUGUAAUGCUAAACUUAUGGGUUAUGGGUUAGCACAUGAGCCACAGCGAGUCUUGGGUUUGCAUGCUCCAUUCUCUUCCUGCAAUGCAGUCCUGAAGGAGAGUUUGGAAACUUUCAUUUCUGAUGCAGACUUAGACUAUAUUUGCAGCUUUCCAUGUUGCCCAGACCUAGAUUAACCGCUUAGUCUGAACCAUGCUUAGUCAAGCUAUAGUUCUUGAAGCGGCCUUAUUUUCACCAACUGUGAUUAAGAUAAAACACAGUUCAGGGUUCAGAUGUAAAAACUAAAGUGUAGGUUGGGGGAGCGUGGGAGCCCACGACUCCUUAUGGCUUGUCUUCAUUAUCGCAGUUUGCUGUUGCAUGUGAACCAUGCCAUCGUUUCAUUUUCAAGUUGAAAUUAACUUGCUUAAAAAGAUUUUCCUUCUGUUUGCCUCCGGUAUUCUGGAUUUGUCAGACAUCUCAAGAGUGAAUUGCCAAAAAAUAAUUGUCGCCUCUGGCACGAUCUCUUUAGUAACGAGUUGAAAAUGUAGAUGGAUCUCUAGUUUUGUUAUAAAACUCCUGUUUCUUUUGGACAAAAUGAACCGAGGAAAUGAACUAUAAACUGAAAUAACCGUUGUCGAAAACAUGUAGUUGUCACGGAGAAGAAGCCGUAGGAAAGUGGUAGAGUGAAAAUGAUUUACUAGGAGAACAAUGAAACUGUUUCAUUUCAGUUCUGACCUAUACAUGUUCUGUGUUCGAAUCAGGGGGCUGCCAGCCUAGAAGCCUCUUGCCACAUGUUUGAAUGAAGGGCAAGCUAUGCCUCACAAUCCUCUAACUUCCUUACGGUAAAGAAGGGUCUGUUCGAGAGCAAUCAAGAAGGUAUUAACUUAAGUCAUCUACCUGUGUUCUUACAGAAUAUGUCUGCGUACAGGAAUGUGCUGCAAGAAAUGUGAAGAAGAAAUAAUUUCAACGGGUUUUAGUGCUCACCCAGCUCGACUGCUGUGGUGGAGUUUGUAUACCAGACCAGUUCGGCUGCUGGCUAGAUUCAGCUCUCUUAAAUAGCUUGGAGGGUUGACUAAGGGGAAGAUGGCUUCUUUGCUCUGUGAAAUACCACAUUUCCAGUGCCAACCCUGAUGAAGGGAACACACAAACUGCCUCCUGGCUGGGUGUCCUUUUCAGUCUUCUUGCCAUAGUCUGGUUUACUACCUUUGGAGCUCUCACUUUCUCCCUCAAUGUAGGGCACAAAAAGCCACACACACCCCUUCGGCAUGGAAGCAUCCCUUCUGUUUUUUUGUUUUAUUUUUUAGUAAUUGGGCAGCUUUUCAGUUCUAAUAGGCUGUUUACGACUUUUAUUUUAGAAUUAAAAACCCAAUGCAUGUCCUCUUCCCACCGCUCAUCCAACUUCCCCAGGCAAGAAGUUUCUUUUCAUGGAAACUCUCCUUUUAUAUGACUUAAUACUUUCAGUUUGCAGGUCUGGAAAGGGACAAGUAAAAUCGCAUCACUUAGAGCCCGGACCACGGAAAAAGUUUGUGUCUGCAUUUCUUUUCAGUAUACUUUUUGGGAUCCUUUUCUUACCAAGGGCAAAGUGUAUUUUUAUGUGCUGUAUUGGGUUUGGGCAAAUCCCGCGCUGCUUCUGCGAUGCCAUUCUCAAUUAAAAACUUUUGACUUUCA